CUCAUACAAUCAAGCACUCAAAAGCAGCGUCUGUCUCCGCCACGUUCAAAUUUCAUUUCACGCUCUUCGAAUCAAAUUUACGAAGAGAAAACCGCACGAACACUCCCUCCCGUUCUAUCAUCUUGUUCCUUCUUCAGAUCGCACUGUUUCUCUCCAAGAUAUACUUGUACUACAUCCCCGUUCUUCUUUUUCUUCCUCCCCGUACUCUGUGUUCUUCCCUAGCGGAUUAGGGUUUUGAUCUCGUAGGCCAAGUUUUAUUUUGAACAAGUGUUUGGUAAUUCCAAUGUCGGCCUCAACCGUUUCGAUUACAGCGGCAAACCCGACUGCGCGUCGGAGACCAGUUGUCUCCACCGAAAGGAAGACUACAAACAUUGAAAUGCUGGCUAACGAUAUUGGUGUUUCCCCGGUUAAUGCUAACCCCGACGCAGGCGGGGAUGAAAGAGUGACAUCCGCCGGAAAUGGGAGAGAUUUGAGUCACCAUUCUAUUCGUGGCGAGGCAGUGCUCGAGAGAUCUUCUAAGGAUUUCGUGCAGGCCAAGAAAGCCGUGGGAAAUUCGACAACUGUGCAACGGCGAACUCGUAAGGUGCUUUCGAAGCCUGAUAAGCCUCGCUGGCUCACAGUUUUUAGUAUUUUUGCCAAGAAUUUCUUGCUUCUUGCUGUUCUUUUGGGACUGGUUCAAUUGAUUCGGAGACUGGCUUUGAAAUCUGGUGAAAGUGCGGUGGGGCCUCAAUCAGGAUUGUUGGAAUUUGAGGGUCGAAUCGCGGAUGUGGAAUCACUGUUGAAAACAACGGCAAAAAUGAUCCAGGUGCAAGUUGAAGUUGUGGACAGGAAGAUUGAGAAUGAGAUUGGGGGUUUGAAGAAGGAAAUGAAUAAGAAAAUUGAUGAUCAGGGAGUCAUUUUGGAGAGCGAGUUGAGGAAAUUGGGGGCCAAGAGUGAAGGACUUGAGAAGUCGUUGGAUGAUUUGAAGGCAGUGGAGUGGUUAUCUAAGGAAGAGUUUCACAAGAUUUAUGAUGAGCUGAAAAAGUCAGAGGGCGCUGAUCCUGGUGAGGCAAGCUUGGAUGAGAUAAGAACGUAUGCAAGAGAGAUAAUUGAGAAGGAAAUUGAGAAGCAUGCUGCUGAUGGGCUUGGUAGGGUGGACUACGCACUCGCAAGUGGUGGGGCCACGGUUGUCAAGCACUCAGAACCGUUUAUAGUGGGAAGGGGAACAAAUUGGUUCUUACUACCCGCAAAAAGUGGUGUUCAUACCAAUGCUGAUAAGAUGUUAAAACCAAGCUUUGGAGAGCCAGGUCAAUGUUUUGCCUUGAAAGGGAGUGCUGGGUUUGCGCAGAUCAAGUUGCGUACAGCUAUUAUUCCAGAGGCUGUCACAUUAGAGCAUGUUGCAAAGAGUGUUGCAUAUGAUAGAUCAAGUGCUCCCAAGGACUGCAGGGUCUCUGGUUGGCUGCAAGGGCAGAAUGCGGAAUCUGUUGUGGAGACUGAGAAGAUGUUUCUAUUAUCUGAAUUCACAUAUGACCUCGAAAAGAGCAACGCCCAGACUUUCGAUGUGUCAGAUUCAGGCAUGACCGGAGUUGUUGACACAGUAAGGCUUGACUUCACAUCGAACCAUGGAAGUCCCUCGCACACUUGUAUAUACCGAUUUAGGGUUCAUGGUCGCGAGCCUGAUGCUGUUUCAGUGAUGUCGAUGCAGUCAUUGUGAAGCAUCUGUUUCUGGCAAUGGCAUGAAUUGGUACUUUGUUUAGAUCUUGUAAGUCAUGGACUCUCUAGUUACCAAAUGUACUUAUUAAUGGUUCUUAUUAGUGUUAGUGUAUUCCUCGUUUUUGUCGAUUCCAAUGGAUUUUGUUGUAUAUUGUGUACAAUGUCUGAAUUAGGCAUCUGGGAUAGCGUGUAUUUGGGUGGAGGAGGAAUGGGGAAUGAGGUUGAAGAGGUGGAUUUUGCUUUGUAUUUUAUUGUUCUCGUGGCAUUUUUCUCCCCAAGAAGAGUAAUUAAUUUAAAACUCUACCAUCACUUGUGUGUAUUUUUCCCUUUAUUAUUAUUAUUUUUUUUAAUAAAAGAGGGAAAACCGAAUGGUUUGGAGGACA